AUGGCGGCGGCGGCGGGCGGCGGGGGCUCCGCGUCCGGGCCGGGCUCGAGGAAGCCGGGCUCGCCGCGGGACUCGGAGUCGGAGCUGUGGUCCCGCCGCGUGCGGGAGCUGGUGAGCGCGGAGCCGGCCAGCCGCCUGUGCUUCGAGUGCGGGCAGCGCGGCGUCACCUACGUGGACAUCACCAUCGGCAGCUUCGUCUGCACCGCCUGCUCGGGGGCGCUCCGUGGCCUGAAUCCCCCUCACCGGGUGAAAUCCAUCUCCAUGACCACCUUCACCGAGGGCGAGGUGCAGUUCCUCCAGUCUCGUGGGAAUGAAGCCUGCCGGAAGAUCUGGUUGGGGUCUUUUGAUUCGCGCUCCUCCCUGCUGCCAGAUUCUCAGGACCCUCAGAAAGUGAAGGAGUUUCUGCAGGAGAAAUACGAGAAGAAGCGAUGGUAUGUGUCGCCUGACCAGGCCAGAAGCUUAGCCGCUAUGAGUGCCCAGAGUUCCCCUGCGGAAGCCAAGACCGGCACCAAGACCCCCCAGGUGUCGGAGAAAGCCCCGCCUCCAGCCGCCCAGCCAGCCAAAAAGGCCAGCACAGACCUCCUGGCGGACAUAGGGGGGGACCCCUUUGCGGCCCCCCCACCUGGGCCUGCCUUCCCUGCCUUUGGAGGCCCAGUAGCAGCUCACCCUGCCUUUCCCAGCUUCGAUGCCUUUGGGGGAGGCCCGGCCCUGACGACUUUUGGGGACCCCUUAGCCUCCAGCCACAGCCCUUUCCAGAGCCAGCCGGUCCCUGCAGGUGGCGCCCACGUGGGAGCCUUCCCCGCCUCGCCCGCCAGCCAGCCCGGGGUGGGCAUUCCGAGCCUGGGCGGAGCCUUCCGCAUGGGAGGAGUCCCGAGCAGCGUCUUCGGGCCCCUCAGCCAGUCCCCCGUCCUGCCCCCCUCCAGCCCGGCUGCGGCCUUCGGGGUUCCGACCUGCACCAACCCCUUUGCCAGCCCGGUGGUCUCCCAGCCCACGCUCCCCUCCACCAACCCCUUCCAGACCAACGGCCUGGCCCAAGGCACCUUCCUGGUCGGGUCCCCCGGCAGCUUCUCGGCCUCCCCGCUCUCCGGCACCUUCGCUUCCCCACUGCAGCAGGAGCCCCUCUUCUUCCCCACCCAGGGCAUUGUGGGUCAGCAGCACAACGGGGGGACGUCCUUUGGAGGCUUUCCUGCAGCCCGAGACGGACAGAGGCCGCUUGGACUGCCCGCCGGCUACUCCACCAACCCUUUUGUGAACCCGAUGGCCGCAUCGCCUUCGCCCCGCUUCGGCCCGGCAAAGCACCCCCCCACCAACCCUUUCUCCUAG